AGUGAGGCAGUACUGUACUGUUCUGUACUGUUGUGUCUCAGUGUUUCUGCUGGUGUCGGUAGUGAAAGUGUCGCUGCGGAUUCUGCGAUAAGACCGGGAGAGAAACUGCAGCUGGAGCUACCGAGUCACGGAGUGAAGUUGAAGCUCAGCAGGCUUCCUCAUUGGACUCACAGAUCGGAGGGAGAGAGAAAGUGAAGAGAGAAAAGAGAAAGAAAAAAGCACAUUUGCUAAAAACAUCAAGACAGAAGCCUCAGCAGGACCUCUGUGUUUUCUGUUGAGGAGAAAUGGUCUGGAGCGCAGUUUGUCGGCCUAUCAUUAGGCCACAGGGCCUCAUGCUGAGGAAUGGAUAGCCUCGCCGCUAGUGCUGCAAUUACUACCUUAAGGAUGGGACACAGCUAAUGGAAAUAAUUUACUCUUUGUCCUGAACAUCAGCAGAAGCAGCAGUAUAUGGUGUAACCACUUUAUUACUGCUAGUCUCAGCAGAAAUAAAGUUUGUUAGCUGCUGUUUUGGGUCUGUGGAUCUGGACCGAUUCCUUUUUCUUGUUAAUUUAUUGAUUUGUGUAGAAGAUGGCGGCAACCUAUCGGAUCGUGGUGAGCAGUAUAAAUUAUUAUAACAGCGUCGUAGUGGACCGACGUGUACAGCACACUGUGCAUUACUGUAACGGACCAUGUGGAGCAGUAAAACAUGGUCUUAGCUGCACCGUGGCUCAUCGUAGUACCUGUGCUGAACUUCUUGAUUCCUCCCAAAUCUACACCGAUCGGUCAAUCAGCUUCCAUGAAUCUGCAUCUAAAAUGCUUGAAAACGGUGUAUGCGGUCAUGUUGGAUUUGGGGAGGAUUUCCAUUAUCAGGUCCUUCCACGAGUGAAGAAAGGAUCUGCUAUCCAAAGCUCGACGAGUCUGAAGGAUAUCACUGGCGAAGCGAUCAACUUGGCCAGUGGGAAGAUAAAGGAGUUCUCCUUCGAGAAGCUGAAGUACUCCUCUAGUCAUGUGACAUUCAGGAAAGGUAGAAAGGUAAGGCCCGACUCGUAUAGCCGAAGGUCUGCCGACCUCGAUGUCAUCUAUGGACACUUUGGCAACGAUGAAAACUGUCCUCCUCAGAAAUCAACACCGGAUGAGCAGAAGUUGAACAGAAGCAUCUCCCUGGAGCAGAACCUGAACAAUGCAGCCUCAUUUUAUCUAAACAACCUCACAGAGGAGAACCUCAUCGCCCGGAUUCUGGAGAAGACCAAAACUGAUAGCAAUGCUUCUGGUGAAGAUAUCAAAGCUUGUUUAGACAUCCUGCUCAAGUGCUCAGAGGAUCUGAAGAAGUGCACAGACAUUAUAAAGCAGUGCAUAAAGAGGAAGUCCAUGAGUGGAGAUGGUGAGGAUUCUGGAAAUCCAGAUGCUAUUUACAAAACCAUGAUGGCACGACUCUCUGGCUACUUAAAGAGGCUUCCUUUUGACCUUGACCUUGGGCAUACAGGAAGACCAGAGCACAGCGACCUAUCCGAACUGGUCAACACUCUCCACGGGCUUCAGCAAAGGCCUUUCUCACCUUUUGGUAAUGAACAGCCUCCUCGAUAUGAGGACGUGGUACAGAACCCACCAUCAACAACAGUCCAGUCUAACUCCUUAUCUUGCCCAUCUUCGGAGUCGCUUGAUGGCACCAGGGAUCUUCCUGGAAAUUUAACAUCUGCUCAGGGCCUUGCUGUAUCACUCUCUGCCCAUUCAUCUGCUAAUGAACUUCAGUAUUCCAACCUUACUUCUUCCACCAGCAGCACCAAACCAUCCUCCCUUCAUUAUCCCAUCUCCACUGGACGCCAUGAUGUCUCCUCCCUCAACAGCAUCUCCAAAGACACCUCGAUGGAGACCCUGUACAUUGAGGAGGACGCUGAUGUAGGGCGAGCAGUGGACAGGAAGCUGGCUUCUAGUGUUUCAGAGUCCAGGCAGCUUUCAUUGAGACAUGAAAUAAUUUCAGGUCUCAGUGCUGGCAAUUCUGACAAACUUCCUGAUUUCAGUAGAAAUGGAACUGUAUAUCCACCCAAAGCUGAACCAGGAAGUAACCAGGCUUAUACACCAGCACACAGUAAUGAGUCAAAGAUACUCUCAAACUCGGCUCAACACAUCACCAGGGAUGGUGUAGAUGAGAUUGAUAAACUACUAAUGGACUUGGAGUGUCUCUCUCAGAACAUGCAGAAGGAACCUCCACUACCACCAAAGCAGAGACAGAUAAAUGCAUACCAAAAAAAUCUGCACCAGAUUGGCUGCUCAGGGACUAAAGGACUAAAUCCUCCUACCAUCUCGUCCACCAAACCAACAAAUCGCAACAAAGAAGAAGCUGGUGAGGAGGACGAUGGCGCUUUCCUGCUACGGAUUCUGGAGAGCAUCGAGAGCUUUGCUCAGGAGCUGGUGGAUUGUGGAAGCGAAACAGGAACUCAAUCAAAAGAGCGUGAGGUGAUGCGUCUCCUACAGGGCACACUGGCUAAGACUGACACCAAUUCAGAAAAUGUUCCUGUACCUACACCUGCAUCUACAUCUGAAACAACACCCGGACUCUCACCCUUAGUUACGGCUACACCUGUACCUGUAGCUGUACCUUCAGUGACUCCUGCUAACGUCGUGAGUCCGUUCAUCGCUGGGAUCUCAGGAUCCACCAUCCUCAUCCAGCAGACACCAGAAGUCAUCAGGAUUCAGCCGGAGAAGAAACCUGUCUCUCCUCCUCCUCCUCCUCCCAUCCCUCGUUCCCCUUCUCCUCCUCCACCUGCCCCCCCUCCUCCCUCCAUUAACAUUCCACGCUUUUAUUUUCCCACGGGUCUCCCAAACCUCACCGCUAAUAUCGACGAGGCCAUAGUGAAAGUGGAGGCCGCCUUCGCCAAGCUGCAGGAGGAGAAGGCAGACAUCUACAAGAUGAGCAAGAUUGCCAAGGCAUGCGGGUGCCCGCUGUACUGGAAGGCCCCGAUGUUUCACUGUGCAGGAGGAGACAGGACUGGCUUUGUCUCUGUCCAUUCAUUUAUUGCCACGUGGCGAAAAUUGUUACACAGCUGCUAUGACGAUGCGUCCAAGUUUGUUUACUUGCUGGCCAAGCCGGGCUGCACGUACCUGGAACAGGAAGACUUCAUCCCCCUCUUACAGGACAUCGUGGACACUCAUCCGGGUCUGACAUUUUUAAAAGACGCUCCUGAAUUCCAUUCCCGCUACAUCACCACCGUGAUCCAGAGGAUAUUUUACACAGUGAACCGUUCAUGGACAGGUAGGAUCACCAUGACUGAGCUCAGGAGAAGUAACUUCCUUCAGACACUGGCCCUGUUGGAGGAGGAGGACGAUAUUAAUCAGAUCACAGAUUAUUUCUCUUAUGAACACUUCUAUGUCAUUUAUUGUAAGUUCUGGGAGUUGGACACUGACCACGACCUUUUCAUCGACCCCAAAGAUCUCUCACGAUACAACGACCAUGCUUCAUCCAGCAGGAUCAUCGAGAGACUUUUCUCAGGAGCUGUCACUCGGGGAAACUCUGUGCAGAGAGAAGGACGUAUGAGUUACGCUGAGUUUGUGUGGUUCCUCAUCUCAGAAGAGGAUAAGAAGAACCCAACAAGUAUAGAGUACUGGUUCCGCUCUAUGGAUCUGGAUGGCGAUGGAGUUCUCUCCAUGUAUGAGCUGGAAUUCUUCUACGAGGAACAGUGUGAGCGCAUGGAGGGGAUGGGAAUUGAACCUCUGCCCUUCCAAGACCUGCUGUGCCAGAUGCUUGACCUUGUCAAACCAGAGAGCCAAGGUAAGAUUACUCUGCGUGAUCUGAAGCGCUGCAGGAUGGCCCACAUCUUCUUCGACACGUUCUUUAACCUGGAUAAAUACCUGGACCACGAGCAGAGAGACCCGUUCUCUGUGCAGAAGGAUGUGGAAAGUGAGGGUCCGGAGCCCUCAGACUGGGAUAAGUACGCAUCAGAAGAGUAUGAGAUCCUGGUAGCAGAGGAGACGGUCAGUGAGCAUCUGCAUGACGGCUCUUUUGAGGAUGAUCACGAGUGUGAGGAGCUUCCCGUUACAUCUGAUAUCGGAAACAAAAUGGACAAACUGGUGAUCUCUGAUCUGUCUCCAUGAUCAACUUGAAGCUCGCUUACAGGAAAUACACACUUUUAUACAGUGCAGAAACAGACUGUGUGUGUAUAUGUGUGUGAGUGUGUGUGUGUGUGUGUGAGAGAGAGAGAGAGUCUGUGAGAGAUCGUAAACUCCCACCAAUUGUUCUGUAUGUCUUAACCGUUAUCACCAACAAACUCCACUCCUCGUGAUCUGAAUAAAACAGCCGGCUGGUUCCACUUUAUUUAAUGAAAAUAAAAAUAAUAAAAAGACAUAAUGACAUGAGACAGAUGCUGUAGGGCACUUUAUUAGGGUUCUGGCUUGAAGGGAACGCUGUGGGUGUCAAAAUCUCACAUUUUUACAUUUAAAAUCAGAGCACAGCUUAGACUGGAAGAAAAGAAGAAAGAUGAAAAUAAUUGUAAUUAAAAAAUUGAGAUUUCUGUUGUGUAACUUUGUCUAAGCGACACAAAUUCUUCAUAUGUUCACGUUAAUGUUGUAAAUUUGUGCCUUGAACAAAAUGCCCAACACACCAGUGUAGGAAAUUAUAUCUGUGAGAACACCGUUGCUAAGCAACUGGGAAACGCACACGUCGAGGAUAUGCUAGCUAGCUAAGAAAAGACGGAAUCAUUCGGAAGGUGGACGUUUCUCUCUGCACGGCUAUAAUCAUUUCAUUUCGUACUCAUAAGCUCUUAGAAAGUCACCUAGCGAAGCUAGUUAAUGUAAGUGAACACAAUUCACUCAAUAUUUGAGUGCUAACAGACAGGAUGCCACUGUUGCUAAGCAACCGAAAAACGUCCGCACCGAACACAAGCGAGCCAGAACGUAGAUGUUUAUAGAUGAAGUAAGGAAUCAGUGACAGUGGAAGGUAGACAGAAGAGUCAGGAACGUUAACAUUUCUCUCAGAUGGGUUGGUAAAUUUAAGAACACAAACGUUUGGUUUCCCAACACGAUUAAAGUGGAGAAAGUCACGAGAGCACCGGUACGUACCGGGAGAGCAGUUACGUCAACUAUAGCUAGCUAGGAAAUAUUAACAUGAAUACAAGACUCGCAAGCUGUGACUAAAGCAAGCCAAAAAAACCCAAAAACCAAUCAAAACAAUCGGACAGUGGCUGUGAGAUUUGACGCCGCAGGGUUAGCGUAAAGCUGGAACAGUUUAUUAGAAUUUUGUGUGAGUGAAAUGAUGCACAGUAAAAUAUUGCACAUUAAUACUGAGUGCUGAACCAGUCAUAGUGAUGUAGUUACGGUGCCCUGUGGCCACUUCAGGUAUUGCAUGUUAACAUGAAAUAUGUUGUGGAGACUCGAUGUUUAUUUACUACUUUAUUUCUUCUUCUUUUUUUUUUGUUUUUUUUUUUGUAUCUUGACUACAAACUGAAAUUCAAACUUCUCUAAACAUUUCCAUAUUCACAAUUUUACAAACGUGGGAACUAAAACAGGACAAUCUUUAAACAUUUAGUAGAGACUUCUAGAAAGCUUCGCCACAUCGAUCAGUCUGGCUUCAACACGGUCGCCUUUUAAACGGCGAACUCAUGCAGGGACUUCUCUCCUUCCCCAAGUUAGCUGUUAGCAUGCGAGUUAACCGCUAGUGUUUGGUUUAGCUAGCACUUAGUGGUUGCUAUUUGUAUUUGAUUGCUAACAUUUGGGUUAGCGAAUAGCAUUUUGACAUGUAGUGACGUUUGUGCACCAUAGGGGGUGCUGUUCUGCCCUCUACACUACAACCUUGUCCACUUUACUUUUGGUUGACUCAUGACAUCAUCUUAAAUCAUUAAAGUGUGUGUACGUGUGUGUUGGAUUAGCACUGCGUCUAACUCUAACACACUCUCUAACUGUUCACUGUUUUUAUGUAAUUAGUGUAAUAUAUAAUAUAUAUAAUUUAUAAUAAGUGUGUGUGUGUGUGUGUGUGUGUGUGUGUGUGUGUGUGUGUGUGUGUGUGUGUGUGAGUGCGUGAUUGUGAGUGUGUGUAUCCUGUAGCCGCAGUGUGUUUUCUAACAACCUCUGUAAAUGCCUCUGUAUUUAAUGUUACUGUAUUAUUUUGGCGUUAGUCUCUGCCACUGCGUGGUGGAGGUGGAGUUUUAAACGCUGAAAAACGGACAGAUGUUGAACCGCAGUGUUUCUAUGACGACGUGUGUGAUGAAUUCGGCGUUGGACAACAAUCAUCUUUCCUGGACUUUUCCCAGCUCAGUCAUCAAGAGUGAAGAUGAAACCUGCUGUAGUGUUACGCCGUUAUUCACGUUAACGAUCUAUGCAAACCCUCAACCCUGUGCAGCUGAUUAACAUCAAACUCUGUGUGCAGCCUUAUUUUAAGUUUUAUAUCAUCAUAUAUAUAGCUAUAUAUAAAUCUAAACAUAUUUCCAUGUGUAUUUUUUUUUGUCUUGCUUUCAGACUUGGAGAUGCCUCAUGUGUUCGCAUGACUUUUUUUCCCUUUAUUAAAAUAAAUAAAAGAGUUUUAAAAGCU